AUGACGGACAGCUAUAUGGGUAGCAGUUGCCGAGGUAGCAUCCAGAGCUCCGACUUCCAGAGCAGUGCAGCGUCGCCUGCAUCAACACACAAUGCAUUCUUGUCGGAAUCAUCCAUCAAUGCACUUGUGACUGACGGCGAUCUAUUCACCACAGCAGCAUGUGUUGUACCUAAGCUUCGAGCAGUUCUGGAAUACCGCAAAGACAUCAGUCGCACUAGCACCAUGUGGCAAAUGAUAUCGCCAAACAGACAGCAACCACCAUGUUGGGUCGUCAAGAAGAAGCACCAUGAUGUAGAGAUCAGUGAGUUUGAUCGAGCCAAUCUCCCAUCAAUAAGGAGUAGUGACAGCUCCAACUGGUUUUGUGGCUCAGCGAGAGCUACUGACAGCCGUUGCUCGAUGAUUGAGCCUCGUGAAUCGCUCUAUACUCGCAACGCUUUUCUAGAAGAGCAUACUCACUCGGCGGGGCAGGCGAGAGAGCUGCUGCAAUGGCCACGUAACGAUCUCAAUGUCACUUACGCUGUAUCAGCACAAGUCACACUGAACUGCCGUCUGGAAGAGGCGAUGACUAUGUUGUUCAGCCGUGAAACGCUACAGUUCGAUGCCAGCAUGGGUGCCCUCUUUGGUGCUAGGAAGUACAGGAGCGGCGAUCUGCUGGUUUCGCGUGAGUUCCACAAGAACCUGCACACUAGUCUGGCGAUGGACUACGGGGACGGUAAUGUACCUUACUGGGAAAACGAAGACUUGAGCAAUCUCUCUCAGCCCGGAUGGGUCGCGCUGCAAUCUGUGGUCCUACGUUCCCGUCGGUCACUCAACCCCAUGGCAGCGGCCAAACAUACCAGCCGCCGCCAGAGGCUUUGCUUUGCUGUGUACUCGCAGCACUGCCCCGAUACGAACGAGGCUUUUUACACCAUGAAGACAUUGCCCAAGCCCACACAUGAUCAAUUUACAUGCCGCAGAAACCAGCGCACCACAGAACAGGCCAUUCGAGGCGACACGGACCAUAUCGCUGCUGGGUACCAUCUUGCAAGCUCCUAUAGUGAUCUGAAUGGACAUCAGACGAGAAUCGUCAUGACUGCAUAUGUCUGCAACACGCCAGCAGCGAUGACAACUGAUGUCCAUCGAAAGCGCUCCAAACCCUGGCCAAGAGGUCAGUCUGAUGUUGGCGCAAUCUCUUCUCAUCGACACUACUCGUCUCCAUCAGCCAAUACUGAGGCAAAAUAUGUCGUAAAUCUACUCGCGUCUGCGACUACGUCGUUCGAACAGCUCGUGCGACGCCGGCGUUUCGGUAAUCAGCUGUUCGUAAACACGCCAACAAACCGUGACUCAGCGCAUAACGAUAUAUGCUCGGUAUGUCUCAAGCGUUUUGGACUGCUACGCCCUCCACGGUUCUGCCAGCUAUGUGCACAGUGUGUCUGCCGUGAAUGCUCACAAAAGUUUGACGUGGAGUUGAUUACACGCAGACUGCACCGCGACCGAAUAUGUUUUGCGUGUGUGGCCAAUGCCGAUGCCAGCGUGUUUCAACGGAAGAACCCGCUCUUGAACGCGUCAUUUUCGAGGGUUCCCACUGCAGCAGCAACUGCAAUGAGACCUUAUCCAGACGACCGACAAAACGAGGCCGAUGGUGUGGCUCGUGCAAAGAUAUCUGCAUCCUCUUACGAUCACUUGUUCAAUCUCGACGAUGACGGUUGCAAUACGCAAUCACUGAACACGGCAUCGCAGGCUACAUAUGAGGCACAAAUGAACCAACUGGAUCGCAGUAGCAGUGCUACCACAACCACGGCAUCAUUUUCGUCGACGCCUGGACGGCAACUGGCCGACGCCUUGUUUUCCAGUAACCCCCUGACACGGGCUCGUGCACUUGAAGUCGUACGCAAAGUGGUAAAGCAAGUGACAUCUGAUUCGUCGCUGGCUAGCGCAACUUCGACAUCAUCAUCGUCUUCAUCAUUCAAGUCAUCAAUACCAGCCUUCCACCCGCAGUACCCAGACAGAAAAAUGAUAGACAAGUAUUUGGAGGCACGUCUUCAUCUGUCCAGUAUUUCGCUCAGUGGUGCUUCUGCUAUUACAACAAGCAGCAUCAAUGACCAGCGUAAUCGAUCAGGCUCGCUUUACAGCAUUCAAGAGGUGAUACAAUGUCGACAACGCAGCACAAGUGGCCAGUGCUCUUCCUCCUCGAUUAAGUUUGACACGAACACAAGACCUCCGGUCAUACCGCUACCCACAACCAUGGAAACAGAGCUGGAUUUAGACGAAGAAGUGGACUCAGCAGCGCUCGACUCGAUCUGUGAGGUCGCAGCUAUCCGGAUGCGGUGUUCGAUCGCGUACAUUGUGGCACUCAACGGGUGUCACAGCUCUCAAGCUCAACGCGUUGUAGGAUCUUCCAGUGCUCCAUGUCCAUGGAUGGAGGAGAUGACAGUGGAUCCAUUAUCCCUAGUGGCCAACAGCAAACCAUUCGUAAUCAUGGACCCGAUGCAUGAUCCGCAGUUGUGUCAUCUGCGACUUGUGCGAGAUAUUGGCGUGCGAUUUUUUGCUGGAUUCCCCAUCAAGUCCCCUGAUGGUUCAAUUGUUGCCUGUCUAUGUACGGUGGACACGCAAACCCGAGCGAAAAUCUCACUGGAGGACAUGAAAGCCAUGCACGCAUUGUCCAAGCUUGCAUCUGAUCUCUUUGAAGAGGAAGUGAACCCAUAUACACCUCGAAGUUUACAUUCGUAA